AUGGCAGCAGCGGCAGCACUAGAUUAUCGACAAUUGGCAGAACGACUAAGACACUCUCCCUUCAACAAACACAACAUAACUGCCGUCCACCUCGCUGAUGAAUUGCCUCCACUGGCCCUCCUUCAGCUGCUCUCCGACACCUGUGCAUACAUUGACAAUGCCACAUCAUCAACAUCUACGGCAUCCUCCAAAUGGGAUGCUGUCGAUCAUCAAGACAUCAAUGAUGUCGCUUGGAAACUCACCGACUACUUGACUCUACUCAAAUAUCAACCUGCCAUCGACGAUCCCGAGACGAUACAUCAUUACAUAUCCCAAGGUCAUCCUCCAACAAUAUUGGCUGCAAUGUGGUAUCUACUCAAGAACGAAGAAGCUCACAAAAAGCGAGCAUACCUAUCCACUUUCUUGAUGCCUGUCGACAUUGCACAGGAAUAUCUCCAAGAUGAAACUGUCGCGGAAUUGUCGGAUGAGCUGGCAGCACUACAAGACGAAUUCAAGAAUGUUCAUAAACAAGUCGAAACUCUUCGAUUGAAUGGCAACACUGCUUCCACUCUGAAACGCGAAAUCCAACAAAUGGAAGAAGAAAAACAACAAGUCUCGGUCAAGAUUUCUCGAUUGAAGCAAAAGACCGAGCAAGUGCCCAAACACGAUCUCUGGUUACAAGCUGCAAAGUCAUUACGUGUUGAGCAAGCUAGAGAAUUGGACGUCUCAGAGAGGUGA